CCCGCGGUGUUGCCCGGCCCCGGCCGCACUGCGCCGCCCGCCGCCCGCCUCUGGGCCGCACCGGCACCAGUACCCGGGGACCCGGUCGCGGUGAAUCAGAGUGCGGCGGGCGCGGGCGGCGGCGGCUCUCUCCACGUCCGGCAUCGUGGGAUCUCCAUCUGCUCGCCGGUGCACGGACGGCGCGCUCCGACUCGCCUCAGGGACAGGGUCGCGCGGCUUGGAGCUCAUUCCUGAUGGGCAGCAAAAGUGUUUGUGGAUGAAGGACCAGAGCCACUCCCCUACUAGGGCUGCUUGGCGCACUGGCCGCCACCGGCCACCACUUUCUUGCUGGUGAGGAAGCUGGGGUCUGGUGCGGCAAAGUGAAAAACCACAUCUGUAGAACCCAGGGCUGCCUGCAGGAACUGGGUUGGUCUGGGUAGUGUGACCCAUGCCUUAAGGCCAGGAGACUCCCAGAGACCAGCAUGCCAUGGGACGCCAGGCCAGGACGCAGUGCCAAUGGCGCGCCCGAGGGCGCGGGCUCAGCUCGUUUGCGGGUGCAGAAGCAGUGCAGGAAGUCGUCCUUCGCCUUUUACCAGGCAGUGCGCGACCUGCUGCCGGUGUGGCUACUCGAGGACAUGCGUGCCAGCGAGGCCUUCCACUGGGACGAGCGCGGGCGCGCCACCGCCUAUUCGCCGUCGGAGGCCCUGCUGUACGCGCUCGUGCACGACCACCAAGCCUAUGCUCACUACCUGCUGGCCACCUUCCCCCGGCGCGCCCUCGCUCCACCUAGUGCGGGUUUCCGCUGUUGCAAUGCACCGGGACCACAUGUGGCACUGGCGGUGCGCUACAACCGCGUGGGCAUCCUGCGGCGCAUCCUGCGAACUGUGCGGGAUUUCCCACCCGAAGAACGCAUGCGCCUUCUGGACCGACGUGGCUGCAGCCGUGUGGAGGGUGGUGGCACGUCGCUGCAUGUGGCCUGUGAGCUUGCGCGCCCCGAGUGCCUCUUUCUGCUGCUUGGCCAUGGAGCUUCUCCAGGCCUGCGAGACGGUGGUGGCUUUACACCAUUGGAGCUGCUGCUGCGCCAGCUGGGCCGGGACGCCAGCUCAGUCCCUACUGCUGCUGAGGCUGCCUCUGCCACCGUCAACGCUGCCACCUCCAGCACCACUUCGCCUGGGGAGCUAUGUCAGCGCCGCCUGCUGCUGCUUGACCUGCUGGCACUGUACACCACGGGGGGUGCUGCGGGCCCAGCUCGAUGUGAGCUGUUGGGAGACCGGCUACGCUGGCAGAGGCUGCUGGGUGAGGAGAAGUUCCAGUGGCUAGCAGGGCUGGCGCCACCCUCCCUCUUUGUACGAGCUAUGCAGGUGCUGGUCACCACCAUCUCACCCGGCCGCUUCCCCGAGGCCUUAGAUGAGCUGCCUCUACCACCCUUUUUGCAGCCACUGGACCUCACGGGCAAGAGCUAGACUCAGGGGCACUCUUGGCACUGUAUUUGGGGACAGAAGUGUUUUUGAGAGUAUUGUACCCAGCACUUUACAUAUAUGGAUCUCUGACUGUACAGAAGAACCUGCCUGGUCUGUCGCAUGCAUUUGGGCUAGGGCUGCCGAGUCAGGCAGGCUCUUAAGGGAGCCUUGGCUCUUCACACUCCUGCUCAAGUGCACUGGCUCCCUGCUCAGCUAAGGAUAUGGGUGAGGACCUGGAGUCCAGGGGAGGUGACAGCUGACCCAAACAGGAGAGGAGCAGGGACAGAGGGUGGGGACUGACUUGACUGAGCAAGAGGACAGAAUGUGCUGAGGCCGAGAGCACAGGCUUGUGCAGUACUGACCUGCCCUGUGCUGUCAGCCUCAUGAAUGGCCCAUGGAGUUGGACUUGAUUCUGUGUCCAGGACGAGCAGGGCUGAGCAGGCAGCUGUGACCGGAGUGGAGAGGAGGAGCCAGGCCGUAUGUGUAGUAUCUCACUCUGAAUCAUAGGUUUCCCCACCCCGGCCUGGAAUUGGCCCUGUCAUCCCCUUUUGCCCUCAGGAUUGGCAAGUGCUCGCCCUGGGCCUCUGAGCUCAGCUCUGGCAUCGCACCUGCUUCACCAUGGGCUGAGGGUUCCCAGCAUUCUGUCCCAUCAGGACCAGGAGUGCCUUCCAGGCCUCCUUCCCAGCCCCAGGAUGGGCUCCUCCCCUCUCACAGUGGAUGUCGUGGUGCUUAUGGGGCUUGUGCGAGCUUCUUGGCGGGCCUGGAGAGCUGGCUUCUGCUGGGAGCUUGUGAAGAUUGGGGGCUUGUUAUGAAUGCACCAUCAUCUUUCAGGACUGGGGAGGAGGGCCUGAUCACCCUGCCCAGGGAUUUUGCUGGACUGUGAAAUUCAACCUCUGUGGCGUGGGCUUGUGGGCCAUGAUGUGCUGCCAGGAGUAGAAGCCACCAGUCCGCUGAAUUGGCCAGCCUGGCUGGGGCACCUGCUGCUCAGUGCUCCUGAGUACAGCAUGCCUGGGGGUGGAAAAGA